AUGGCCGGCGCGGACACCGGGAACCUGAGUGCCGCGCUCGAGACUGGGGCAGCCGCGGGAGAGGCUGAGACUGAGUGGCUGCAACUGCUCGUCCAAGCCGGCAAUCUUUCCGCUUCCUUCUCCCCGCUGGGUCUGGCGGCGGCCUCCCCCGCGCCUUCGCAGUCCCGGUCUAACAUCACCAACCAGUUCGUGCAGCCGUCCUGGCGCAUCGCGCUCUGGUCCCUCGCCUACGGCGUGGUGGUGGCCGUGGCCGUCUUCGGGAAUCUCAUCGUCAUCUGGAUCAUCCUGGCCCACAAGCGCAUGAGGACCGUCACCAACUACUUCCUCGUGAACUUGGCUUUCUCCGACGCCUCCAUGGCCGCCUUCAACACCCUGGUCAACUUCAUCUAUGCGCUGCACAGCGAGUGGUACUUCGGCGCCAACUACUGUCGCUUCCAGAACUUCUUUCCUAUCACCGCGGUGUUUGCCAGCAUCUACUCUAUGACAGCCAUUUCGGUGGACAGGUAUAUGGCCAUUAUUGACCCCCUGAAGCCCAGACUGUCUGCCACCGCAACCAAGAUUGUUAUUGGAGGCAUUUGGAUUCUAGCAUUUCUACUUGCAUUCCCUCAGUGUCUUUAUUCCAAAACCAAAGUCAUGCCGGGCCGUACUCUUUGCUACGUGCAAUGGCCAGAAGGCCCCAAACAACAUUUCACUUACCAUAUUAUUGUUAUCAUACUGGUGUACUGUUUCCCAUUGCUUGUCAUGGGUAUCACAUACACCAUCGUUGGAAUCACCCUCUGGGGAGGAGAGAUCCCAGGGGACACCUGUGACAAGUAUCAUGAGCAGCUAAAGGCUAAAAGAAAGGUUGUAAAAAUGAUGAUUAUUGUUGUGGUGACAUUUGCCAUCUGCUGGCUGCCUUACCAUAUUUACUUCAUCCUCACUGCAAUCUAUCAACAACUAAACAGGUGGAAGUAUAUUCAGCAGGUCUAUCUGGCUAGCUUUUGGCUGGCAAUGAGCUCAACCAUGUACAACCCCAUCAUCUACUGUUGUCUGAAUAAGAGAUUUCGAGCAGGCUUCAAGAGAGCAUUCCGCUGGUGUCCUUUCAUUGAAGUUUCUAGCUAUGAUGAGCUGGAGCUCAAGACUACCAGGUUUCACCCAACUCGGCAAAGCAGCCUGUAUACUGUGACCAGGAUGGAAUCCAUGACGGUGGUGUUUGACCCUAGUGAUGCAGAUAACACCAAAUCCAGUCGGAAGAAGAGAAUGCCUCCAAGAGACCCAAGCUUCAAUGGUUGCUCCCGCCAGAAUUCCAAAUCUGGCUCCACCACUUCAAGUUUCAUAAGCCCACCCUAUACUUCUGUGGAUGAAUAUUCUUAA